AUGAUGAAGUCCAUUGCGAAAAAAGUAAAAUUUCAUAAAGCUGAUGAAGAUGAUGAUACGAAAGAUCCAACAGCACCGUUUUAUGAACUUCAAGCAUUCGAUUCGAUUUGGCAAGCGUUACGUUGGAGAGAAAUACGAACUCGAGUACCUACAUGCUUUAAAAAAACAAUACAUAGCCGAUAUAUGCUUGCUAAUCUUGUCUUUUUGGGUUAUGCUAUUGGAAUGUUAAUUAUUGAUUUUAAUCCAAGUGUUAAUGGAUCAUCAUCAGCAAGUACUGUUGAUGAAACAUCUGAUAAUAUGACAACAACAACACCUAUGUCAAUUCUCGAUCAAUCCGUAGAUAGUGUUCCACUUGUUAAUCAUCUAUAUAUUGGUUUUGCUAUUGUUCAUAUACUAUCUGCAUUUCUCUAUUGGUGGGCAUGGCGUGAUCACUCGUGGCUUGAUAUCAUAAUGAUACCUGAAUAUCUGAAUCAUAUUGAAGCUGGAUUAUAUCUAUGGUCAUCUAUUUGGUAUUCAAGAGAAGAUACUUUAGGUGGUUAUUAUACAUUAGCAGUACAUAGAAUAGAAUUAGCUGCUGCUAUAGUUGAAUUAAUAGCAUCAUUUGGAUGGAUUAUGUCAUGGUAUUUGACUUAUAUUCGAACAUUAGGUCGUGGAUUUACUUUGGAUGAUCCAGAUACAAUUGCAUAUUCAGUUACCACAAUUGCAUCAAUUAUUUAUCUUGUGUAUAAUAUACAGAUAAAUAUUUCUCCCGAACAAUAUGGUUCAAAUUAUUUAUAUACAUAUGCUGAUAUUCUUUAUUUUAUAAGUGCUUGUUUUUAUAUAUUUGCAGCAUUACGAGAUGAUCAUUGGUUUUGGUUUCUUCCAAUGGCUGGUCAAUAUGGUAUAGCACCAGGAAAAAUUCAUAUUGAUACAACAAAAAUUUUACCAUCAUCUGGAAAACCAAGUAUACUUAUGACAGAUUUAUGUAGACAACGUCGAAAGCAAGAUGAUCCAAUGGAAAAAAGUCAGACUGAAUCAAAUGCGACUGGUUCCGUAAUUGUAACUGUUCUUUAA